AUGGAGACGCUGCGGCGGCAGGCCAUGCAGUUCGUGUCCCUGUGGGGCACCUUCCUUCCCAUGUGCACCCUUUUCUUUUUCAUGGCGUUCAUCAACACCAUCAUGGAUAGCCUCAAGGACACGCUAGUCAUAACGGCAGUUGGGGGCGGGGCGCAGGUCAUACCAUAUCUCACCGUGUAUGCAGUGUUCCCGGUGUCCCUGCUGUUCGUGUUGGCCUACACAUUCGCCUCACGGCACUUCAACCGUUCGAAGCUGUUCAACCUCAUCAUCGUCGUCUUUGCGGCGUUUAACCUGGCAUUCGCUCUCUUCUUGUACCCCAACCAUCAGAGCCUCCACUUGCUUGGCCUGGGAGAGAAGAUGGCGCAGGUGUUGCCCGCUGGCUUGGAUGGCUUCAUUGGUAUGAUCCAGAACUGGACAUUCACACUCUUCUACUGCAUGUCUGAGCUGUGGGGCGAUGUGGGCCUCAGCCUGCUGUUUUGGGGAUUUGCCAAUGAGAUUACAAAGAUGGAGAAUGCAAAGCUGCUGUAUCCCCUCUUUGGAAUUGGGGCAAAUUUGGCACAGACCCUGGGUGGUCUUGUGCUCAAGUUCUUUUCAGGACAGGGGGGUGGAGAUGUGUCGUUUGCAAGCUCUCUCGCAAAGCUCAUGUGGAUGAUGAUGCUGUGCAAGGGUGUUGUCAUCGCACUGCACUUUUGGAUAGAACAGAGUUCAAAGAGCCAAAGGCAGGAAGAGAGGGAGGGGCGGUCAGGUCUUGUUAGUGAUGGAACACUCAGUGGCCCUUCACUGCCCAUGCAGAAAAGGCCUAGCACGACCAUUAUGGAGAACAACAGGUACUGGGAGGCUCCAGUGGAUGGAGGCCAUUGGCACCAAAAUGACUGUGCCCCAAGCACAAAUGGUGCAGUGGCUGCUCACAGAGCAGCUCGUGGAGGCGGCACUAUCUACAGGGUUGGAAACACGAUUCAGCAGCAGGCUUCCACGAGCUCUGAUAUACACACAGUCAACAAGUCUCCAUCGAUACCAACCCGAAAGAGACAGAGGAGCAUGAGGGAGGUGCUGCGCAUACUGGGGAACAAUCCCCACAUCCGCGCCCUGGCUAUAAUGGCAGUGGCCCAAAGCUUUGCUGUGAACGUGAUGGAAUUUGUUUGGAAAUCCCAUGUCAAGCUCAUGUACCCUACCCCUGCCACCUUCACUGGCUUCAUGGGAGAUGUUGCCACUGCGACAGGCCUGGUCACGGCCUCGCUGAUGGUCCUGUCUCCAAUCAUGUUUGAGAAGUUGGGGUGGGCAGGGGUCGCAGGCGUCACCCCGAAUGUGCUGGCCUAUGGAGGCACCGCAUUUUUCCUAUUGUGUUUCGGGUACCAUGCAUUUGCCAGCGUGGGUGGGUGGAGCACUGCGCUGCUGCCAGCGGUGGCAUUGGGUGGGGCCACCCUGUUUGUGCUGGCCCGUGGGGCCAAGUUCUCUCUUUUCAAGCCAGCGGAGGAGAUGGUGUACAUCUGCCUGGAUGAGGAUGGCAGGACCAGCGGGAAGGCGGCCGUGGACGUUGUUGGGGCUCAGUUUGGCAAGUCUGUGGGGAGUGUGUCUCAACAGGUCCUGUUGCUGAUGAGCAGCGGUGCGCUGUUUGGCAUCAUCCCUGUGAUCUUCGUUCUCUAUAUGCUGAUGCUGCACGAGUGGGAGAAAGCUGUGGAGGACCUUUCUGACUUCCAGAAGGAACGGUCGUCGCAGCCAGAAGACAGGAACCAAGGACCCUACAACGGCGUAGAGGUCACCCCACAGCUGCAGUGCGAGAAGAGAGACACCGAUCCCAACGCUCCGCGCACACUGGCAACAACCUGUUCCUGA